UGCAGGAGCGCCGACCAGGUUCCCCCACAACUAGCUAGGGGGCGCCGAGUGCCACUAAACUCCACCUCCAACUGCCACCCGACUCAGCGGACGACCCUGUUGCCCUUGGAUCGUCCGAAGAUUCAAUUGAUCUACGCCAAAGCGCGCACACGGUCGCUAAACCGCCGUCCUGGGUCUAUGCUGGAAAACAAACAUUGAUCUAGUCUCCAACGUCUCGUCUUGACAGCCAGCCCCUUAUCAGCCACGACCGCCAGCCCGCUUGACCGCCGAAUCUCACCACCUGCCGAGUUGCCAAGUCGCAAACCAGCGGCGAAUCAAGACCAAGCCAGCUCCCCAAGGCUGACUGUGCUGCGAUAGGGGCCGCGAGGACUUGGAAAAGACCGGGAAAACAUUGAAAUCACCCGAAAGCCCAGGAGGGAGCCGCCCAGCACAACAGCGCAGAAGGCAGACGCGAUCGACCGCAACGCCGACGGCUCAACGGCCACCCCAGGACACAGCAGAUCCAUCCAAAUAGAGUUUACAGCCAGCGCCGACGAAGCCGAGCAAGAACAGCGACGCGCGCGCGCCUGGACAAGUAGAGGGCCUUCCUCGGCGCCUAGGCGUCAUCGAUGCCGCGCCCUGAAUGCGCAGCCUAGCAUGACAUGAUGGCCGCCUUCAACUCCACGGCCACACCCUCGGGCCGCGACGGCAUGGGCCUGAACGUCAACACCGGCGCGAACCCGCUGGGCAUGGGCGUCUUCGAUCCCGACAUGCCCUUUGACGAAUCCAUCCUUGAGAACGUCCAGGGCCUCCAAAACAUGCCGUACACGCCGGCGUACGACUUUGAGCAGUUCUCGGCCACAUUUGAAGACCCCUUCUCGUAUCCAUCACGGCCCAGCUUCACGGCCGCACCACCAGGUAGCGUGGCGACGACGACGGCAUCGAUAGCCGCGGUCUCGGCAGGACCGUCGCAUGGCGGCAGACACGUACACCACCACCACCACCACAGCACCAUCGAUCUCGACGCCGGUUUCGCGGACCCAGAGUCGUCGCCGCCCGACAGCGACGUGGACAACAAACUCCUAAGCUUCUCGGGCCCCAUCACACACGCCACGCUCCUGGACGAAACCGGACAGUCCGUCGAAGUGGCAUUGACGGCGGAGCUGUACGGCAUGUUCUUCGUGGCCGAGGACGUCUUCAGCGGGGACAGCAGCAUGGGCGGCAGCCGGCCGCACGAGCUGACGUGCUACCGCCGCAACCUGUGGCAGUGCUCGGGCCACGUCGCGAUACCCCGGCGCGUCACACACGUUGCGCUGCCGCCUGACCAGGGCGGCGCCACGGCCCCGCUGCUCGAGCUGGCCGUGUCCAUAACCGCGACCGAGUCUAUCGACGGCAAGCCCACCGAGAUAAUAUCCAUACCGUGGAAGAGCAGCAACCCAAACGCCGCGGCGGGCGACGACCACUCAAAGUCGGCCGGCGCGCCCCCGCAGAUAUCUCUCGACAUGACGGAUGGCGGCGGCGGCGGGCAGGAGCCCGACGGCAGCUUCGUGUCGGCGCCCGUGUCGUGGAAGCGGCUCCAGUUCAAGCAUGCCACCGCCAACAACGGCCGGCGCAAGGGGCUGCAGCAGCACUACGUCGUCCAGGUCUCGCUGCUCGGCAGGCUGGGCCUGGCGCAGCAGCAGUCGUUUGACGGCGGUGACGGGCUGCCAGCCCCCUCCUCGCCGGCCGGCGGCUUCGUCAAGCUGGCCGAGGUGCAGUCGGGCCCCGUCAUCGUGCGCGGCCGCAGCCCGCGCAACUUUGAUAGCAGAAAAGACGUGCAGCUCAUCAGCGACAAGAAGCCGGAGCGGCGCAGCGUGUCAAACGACCCCGUCUCGGCAGCCGCGGCCGCCACCAAAUCUGAAUACGUCAAGGGGGAGGUGCCGCACAAGGGGCAGUCCCACCAGGCACAAGGGAACACGCAGAAUGCCGACUGGACGUACAACAGCGGCGGCAAUGGCGGGAACCCGCACUCGUCAAAAAGAGCAGCUGUCUCGCCGAAUCCAAACAGGCCGCCGGUGCCGUCCUGGUCCGGACCGUCAGAGCCGCCGCACAGGCAGCAGCAGCAGCAGACCGCGUCCGCCAUGGCGAUGCGCCGUCCCUCGGCGGCACCGCCGCCGCCGACGCUGCCCAUCAACCUGUCGCUGUCCGAGGAUGAGCGGUCGCCGCCGAACCGGUCGAGCGUCGACUCGCUGUCGAGCCCACAGCUCGGCAAGCGCCGGACCGCUUCGGGCCACAACCCGGGCGGCAGCCCCGUCGAGAGCGCGGACUUGCUCUAUGAAUACUUUCCCCUCAGUCUCGACGACUUCCUCGACCCAGUCGACGCCGUCUACCGGCCGCACGUCGUCCACCACAUCCGCACUGUCGAGGAGAACCCGCGCCCCGUCCGGGGCGGGACGAAGCGAUACUUUGUGCCCGACUGACCUAUCUGUUUUAUCCUAUUUUUUUUUUGGUUCAAGGCUUUUCCCAGUGGCGUUUUGGGAGCUUCAAGGGUGGAGGGUUACAAGACACGAGACAAAAGAAGGGGGGUCGGGAUGCAACGACAUUGAUCCGAUUUUUUUUGUAUUUUCAGGUAGGGACGGGUGUAAUAUACUAUGAUACCCCUCGGGGCCCGCGUUUUGCGCCCGAGCUUGUGCAUUAAUUAUGUUGAAGACUUGGAACGAUCUGUUUCGGUUCUACCACGGAGGGGAGAGGAGCGGGAGCGCCAUUUCAGCCGGCAUGUAUGCGAAUAAUACACUUGGACUUUUGGAUUCUCCCUCUUUCAAGCUGAGCUUUUAUAGCGGGC